AAGAAUUAUAUCGCAUUCUUCCCUAGUGUGAUUACAAGCAGACCUUGAGCAAACAACGGGGAUACCUUUAAAAUGCAGAGCGCCCAGUUCUUGGGAACUGUUACAGGCUGACAGCCGUUAGUUAGUGGUUGACUAACACAAGACAGCUAUCAUGAGUGUGGUGUCAGUGGUGUUGUUGGCGCUGCUGGGGGCGCUGCUGCCUUCUGUGGACGCGGUUCCUAUGCGCCCUUUCCAACGUCCUAGAGACGAUGCUUACUCUGGGGGCGGUUUCUAUUCCAACGUUGACACUGACUGGGACACCAGGCAGGCAUCACAUGCUGAUAGUCUGGGUGCCUACAGUGCGGGAGCACGUGCUUUAGGCUCAAUGGAAGGUCCAGGCGUGUUUGGAACACGCCAGCAGAGUGGAGUACAAGUCCGUCGCUCUGUCGAUCUAUAUGAUAGAAACCCCAAUCAAGACACACACGGAGAGUCAGGCUUUGAUGCUCUCAAUCUAGGCUUCGCUGGAACAUAUCUGGGAAGUUCUGACACAUACAGCGACAAUGCCCGUGGAAGCGUCGCAGAUCACCGUUUGGGAGGAAGGUUCAGAGGUAAGGGUGUAAGUACGACGAUGGGUGGUUCUUCUGCCUACUAGACCGGCUUUCUGUUAUAUUGAUACUGAUGAGAUAACUUCUACUCCAGCGCAGGAUGAUAGCACCUACUCCAGCACAGGAUGAUGCUACCUACUCCAACGAAGGAUGAUACCACCUUCUACAGAGCAGGAUACGGCCACCUCCUCCAGCCUAGGAUGAUUCCACCAUCUCUACCACAGGAUGAUUCCACCAUCUCUACCACAGGAUGAUUCCACCAUCUCUACCACAGGAUGAUUCCACCAUCUCUACCACAGGAUGACUGCACCACCUCUACCACAGGAUGAUUCCACCAUCUCUACCACAGGAUGAUUCCACCAUCUCUACCACAGGAUGAUACAACCAUCUUCGACCGUAAAUAAGGAGGAACUGAUAAUUCAGUUGUGGUGGUCUAUGUCAUGGUGUUCUUCCUCCUUGGAACUAGGAAUAAUAUCAACCAAAAACUUCAUGUCAUUAAAAAUACAAUUUAACGUGUUAAUAAUAAUUUCUGAAUUAAAGAUUUCCCUGUGCGAUA